GGCGCGGCCGCUGUGAUUUUCGCUGCGGGCUUCACGGAACGGUGCUUGGUUACCAGGAUUGGGGUCGAGAUGUCCUACAUCCCGGGACAGCCGGUCACCGCAGUGGUGCAAAGAGUUGAAAUUCAUAAGCUGCGUCAAGGUGAGAACUUAAUCCUGGGGUUCAGUAUUGGAGGUGGAAUUGACCAGGAUCCCUCCCAGAAUCCCUUCUCAGAAGAUAAGACCGACAAGGGCAUUUACGUCACACGGGUGUCUGAAGGAGGCCCCGCUGAAAUUGCUGGGCUGCAGAUUGGAGACAAAAUCAUGCAGGUGAACGGAUGGGACAUGACCAUGGUCACCCAUGACCAGGCCCGGAAGCGGCUCACCAAGCGCUCAGAGGAGGUGGUACGCCUGCUGGUGACGCGGCAGUCGUUGCAGAAGGCCGUGCAGCAGUCGAUGCUGUCCUAGCAGCCCGCCAUGGUCCCCGACUUGUGCCUGCCCACCUCUGUACAGUGACACCACUUCCACCCCAUCUGCCCCUUGUUCUGGCUUCUGCUGAGCGCUGGGCCUCCGCUCAGAAGGGCAAAAGCUGGUCCCAAAGGCAUUUCCUUGAGGCCGACCCAGUCUCUCCCUCCCCUCUCUUACCUUGGCCUGAGGCUGUGGGGCCAGUUUCCUCCCUUGAACGCUGAGGACUGGAAACAAGGGCCUGGAGCUGAGUUGUAGCCAGUGUGCACUGGCCCCAGGUUCAGCCCCCAGGCCCUGCUGCCUGGCCCGGGCAAUGCCCGGGCAAAUGGGGAGACACCAUUUCCUGAGAGCUGCCAAAAUGCUGGAAAGUGACAGGCGGGGCCAGGCCUCUCCCCAUCCUUUGCUCUGGUUGCAGGCUCAGUCCUGUCCUGGUGUCUAAACUCUGCAGUGCCCGUCCCCCAUGCUUUUCCCCGCAUUGCCCAGCAGGGAACUUGCUACACACACUACCAGAGGCAUUGUGGAGGUUUACCCACAGAAGCCACACAGUUCAGCGCAACGCACCCCACUCCCCCGAGGGUGCUGGCCUCCCCAGGGUUCACCUGCUCACAAGAUCUAGAUGAAGUUCAAGGCUGACAUUUCAGGGCACCUCUCAGGAUUGCCAAUUUCCUCUAUGUGUGUGGGUUUAACUUUUGUAUUUUUUUAAUCACAACUUUGAUACAAAGCAUUUUUAUCUUCCUAUUUGGAGAUGCCACCUCUACUUUUGAAUUUAGCUUACUAAUUCACAUCUGGGGCAACCACCACUCCUAGCAAGUUAACAAGCCUUACUGUUGUGACUGGAAAUGGCAAUGUGAUGCUGCCCACACCUGAUAAUAAACAACGCUGGGAUUCA